ACUUUGUAAAUCAAAAAAUGAAGGCACCUGUGACUGUCAUACUAAUCCUAUAUAUUUUAAAAAUCGAUGGAGCUAACAUAAAGCACCAUUCCGAUCAAAAAUGUGAGUGUUCCGAAGAAAACUCAGGCCAUUCCGAAGAAAACAAGGCUGGUAAUUUCUAUCGAGUUUUGGCAAAACAAGCCUACUAUAUACCUUACAACCCACAAAAACAAAAAGUAGCGCUUUUGGACUACCACAACAACAUUAGUCUUCUCUAUGAUGGUCUAACCGGCGAUGCUUUCGGUUUUUCUUAUGAAGAUGGACGCGGAGUUUACAUUCCAGCUGGGACUUCCGAUAAAACUUGGACUGUUAAGAAACAAAGCUACGACGAAUACUUUAAAAAUCCAGUUCCUCCAAAGGAGUUGUUUUCACUUGGUGAGACACAUGGCUACCAUUUUGAACCAGAAUCGAUACCGGAAGAAAUGUCUGGAAAGAUGUCAAAAAUUUUGGCUGCUCUUAGCAUAGAUUAUUCUUCUCAGUGUGAAGCUUUGGCCAUCAUGGUACGCGUCUCCAAAAUAAGUGCCGAUAAGCUGAAGACGUCCUUAUCUGGAUUUGAAGGCGUCAUGGGCGAUGUCUCGUUAGCACCGAAUCGUGGCGAUUUUCACUGGAAUGUGGGGUUGUUUCAAGGGAUGGGAGAAUUUUUUAGACCAUUCGGUAGCAUGGAGGUUUUAAUUGAAAAGAAAAUUAAGUUAAACUUGACUAGAAUUUUCACCGAAGAGACGGGGAUUCAUUUAAUGUGUUACUUUUUGGAAGAAUUGGCAGACCACUUUGAUUUGGGAAAAAUACUAGGUGAAAGUUUGAACGACCCACUGGAAUUUUUUACAGUAACUAACAAAUUGGGGGGAGACAUUAAUUACGGGUUUGAUGGGUUAAUUCAUAUUAUCAAAGAAAUGAUACUGGCCAAAGAUGGAAAAAAUUCAAAGGAGAACUUGAUUGUUGUUUUAAAAUUAUAUUUCACGAAUUCACGAGCGAAGGGUGAUGAUUUAGGGCAGAAAUGGCGCACUAGCGUUAAAGAUCUUGGCGAGACGAUUAAGAAACUGAAAUUGGAAAAAGCUUUCCAUGGCUUGACGAAGCUCUUACGGGAUAUAGGAGAUCAGAAGUGGCGUUUGGGGAACGUGAAUAUGUCUGAAAUUGUUGAGUAUAUUGUAGGUGUGGAUCUUCCUGCCGACCCAAACGUGGUUAACAAAGUCAUAGAGAAGUUAGAACUAUGAAAUUGUACAAUGUUGUUUCUGUUAAAUUUACAUAAUUAUAAAAAUUAUUUUCUGGCACAUUUUAAUAAAUCCAGUUUAAAGUUGA